AUGUCCACGAUCAUAGCUUCUCAGUUGCGCACAGCACUAGUUAAGGCUGAUAGCUUUUCUAUUGCUUUAGCAUGCGGCGCGCUUGCCCUUGGAUAUCUGGGGUCAUUGAUCAUCUAUCGGCUAUAUUUCCACCCUCUAGCAUCAUAUCCCGGUCCAAUUUUGGCGAAGCUAAGUGACCUUUAUGCGCUAUCUAUCGCGUUCAACCGAUCACGGACAUUCAAACAGUAUGAGCUUAUCAAGAAGUAUGGUAGCCCGUUGAGGAUUAGUCCCAACGAGCUACUAUUUGCAGACUUGGAAGCUUGGUCGGACAUCUACGGUCAGUCUUCGAAUCCCUGUACCAAGGAGCCCGCCUUUUAUAACUCGUUCACUGUCACUGGAGCAACAAAUCUCUUGAAUGCCACCAACAAAAAGCAGCAUGCGCGUAUGCGCCGACUUGUCUCCCACAACUUCUCUCUCAAAGGAAUCCUUGCCUCUGAAUCACUUUUGGCGUCAAAGGUGGAAUCGUUCGUGCAACAUACAUUCGGAAAAGCUCCUCAGGAUGCAUCCGUGGAAAUCUACCAGAACACCCAUCAACAUUACUUCGAUAUAAUUGGCCAGCUGAGCUUCGGGAAGCCUUUUGACUCGCUGACAACUAAUACUGGGACUUCUUACCAUGAUGUUAAUUACUUCCUUGACGUGGUCCCCAUUAGCUCUCUCUUUCCCUUCCUGAAGAAUAUGCCACUAAAGUUCAUCCGGGAAGGGUACCAAGGAGUCGCUAAACUCGAGAAUUUUAGCAGGCAGUCACUGACAGAGUUUAUAAGUGAUGUUGAGAAGCAAGAUCCAGACAAUGCGCAAGGACGAUUUCUCAGAAAUCUUACAACCGCAAAGGAUGCAGAGACUGGAAGUACUUUCACAUUGGACGAACUUGUCGAAAAUGUGAUUAUUUUUCUAGUCGCAGGGAGUGGAACAACUGCAGUGGCUACCACUUAUUUCAUUUGGGAGCUUGGGAGACGUCUCGAAAUCCACAGGAAGGUAGCAGAUGAAGUUAGGAGGGCAUUUCCGGAUCCCCAAACCUUGCCAACCUAUGAGGAAGCUUCGAAAUUGCCAUCCCUUAACGCCACGAUUGAGGAGACAUUGCGACUAUGGUCACCUCUCAACGUAGAAAUGCCUAGAGUCUCACCAGGGCGCGUCCUAGGCAGUCACUAUAUUCCUAAAGGAGCUACAGUGUCGAUUAGCUCAUAUUCAACUGCCCGCCAUCCUCAUGCUUUCCCAGACCCCGAAGCCUUUAUCCCAGAGCGAUGGUUGCAGGCGACGCCAGAAAUGAGAGGAAUGUCUAGACCAUUCAGCACUGGGUCUAGGAACUGUGUUGGGAAGCAUCUUGCCGUGGUUAAUUUGGCUUUAACGUUGUGCCGUAUCUUUCAACUCUAUGACUUGACAGUCGAUCCCAUAACAACCGAAGAGAUGAUGAAGCAGUCAGACCGUGGCACAAUGGACCCCAAGGGAGGAAAACUCUAUGUCCGAGCGAGAAAAGUCCAUUCUUGA